GCAGUUAUAAUUGCAAACUGCCAUUUCUGGUCGGUUGUUCGAAGCGGUCUCGGAGUUUCCCACAGUUAUACCGUUGAAGUUCCAUCGAUUGUUCGCAAAUUCGAUGAAUUCUUAAUGAAUGUGAUCAAAACAUAAUUCUUUGUCAUCAAAUGAAUGUUCAGGUCGAUUAUAUCGUUUCAGUUAUUUAGCCGGUUGGAAACUGUGCAGUUUUUCAGUUUCUCAGUUGGAUUACUGCACGACUAUGAAUCGGCGCAGUUUAACCAGUGCGGGAAACAAAGAAAUUUCUAUAUAUAGUGCAUUUAAGCAGCAAAAGCUACCUGCCUGGCAACCAAUCCUUACUGCAGGCACAGUUUUGCCCACAUUCUUCGUAAUAGGGAUAGCUUUCAUUCCUGUGGGGAUUGGAUUGCUGUAUUUCUCCGAUGAGGUCAAGGAACACACCAUCGACUAUACCAAUUGCAAUAGAACUGUUUGGAAUGGCUCAGAGAACGAAUACUCAUGGACUCAAACCAACCAGACUUGCAUUGAUUUUCUGAGCACCAACACAGAUUCUGAACAAAAAUGUAUUUGCAGAAUUACGUUCGAGCUUACUGAGCAUUUUGAGGGCAACGUUUUUAUGUAUUAUGGUUUGAGCAAUUUUUAUCAAAACCAUCGACGCUAUGUUAAGUCGCGGGACGACAACCAACUUUUGGGAAAUUUAGGAGUAGACCCGAUACACGACUGUAAACCCUUUGACUUUAACACGACCAGUCGAAGGCCUAUUGCGCCUUGUGGAGCAAUAGCCAAUUCCAUGUUUAAUGAUGUUCUCAAUUUAUCAAUGUACAUGAAUAGCUGGCACAAUGCCACAUUGUUUAACACUGGAAUUGCAUGGGACUCGGACAAAAAUAUCAAGUUCCGAAAUCCACCCGGCGAUCUGAGAGAAGCAUUUAGUAGUUUUGAUAAACCAAAAGCCUGGACUAAAGCUGUCUAUGAGCUAGAUGAGCGAAACCCUGAAAACAAUGGUUUUCAAAAUGAAGACUUGAUUGUUUGGAUGAGAACUGCGGCGUUUCCGACAUUUAGAAAGUUAUAUAGGAGAAUUGACCAUUCUGAGCCCUAUUUUACCGAUGGUUUGCAGAAAGGAAGUUAUUUGCUAAUUGUAGAAUACAACUAUGACGUGAGUAGUUUCGACGGCUCAAAGCGGAUGAUUUUAAGUACAACUUCAUUACUCGGAGGCAAAAAUCCAUUCUUAGGAAUUGCCUACAUUGUAGUUGGGGUGGUGUGCUUAAUCCUGGGAAUUGCCCUACUUCUCAUUCAUAUCAAGUGUGGACGAAGUACUAGUGAAAUGAUCAAUGUGAACCCCAGGACCCCCUACCAGUAGACUCUAACCAAUUUUCUUGCACUUUGGAGCAAAAUGCUUUAGAGCAGUACGGUGCAAUAACUAGGGAAUUCACAGUUCGUACUUAGUUAAAAUAACAUUCCACCUGAUCCAUUGUUCUCCAACAUUAAUUUAUUUUCUAGUUGAAAAUACAGAUUUAUCUUAAGUGUAUACUAGUCAAGCAUAUAAUAUAAAUAUUUUCCUAUUUACAUUGCACAAAUCCACUGUGUUGAAUGAAAUAUUUUCAGAAAAUAAGCACUAUAUUGAUGUUAGUCACCGAGAGGCCUUUUUAGAUGUACAUAAAUAUUAAGCAAGGCAUUCAGCUUCAGACAAAAAUGUGCAUUGGGGGCAUUGAAAUUUACAUAGUGGAACAAAAUGGCUUUAUCUAGGCGGAUAACAAUCUUACUGUGGCUGUUUAAUUUUUUUAACGCAAGUCAAUUUUGUUAAGCUGCUUAAAUGUUAGUUACCUCUAGUAUUAUUUAUGUUUAUGAAGCAUAUCUUAAAAAAUAUAUAUGUAGUUUACAA